AAAUUUAUUCCUGUGGUACCCCCCCUUCCUUUCCAAAUCAACCAUGCGUUGACCCUCCGUUCAACCCCAAUAACAAAACUGGAAAAUUGAAGAAAUGAUCCAAACAAUUGGAAAUUUGGAAUCACCCAGAAACAGAAAAAGAGCUCUUCUUUCUCUUCAAUGCGAUUUCUCAUCUUUCUCUCCUCGCUUUCCUUUUUCAGGUCAGAUUUGGAAAGAAAAAAAAGUUUCUUUUUUUGAGGGGUGUUCUAUGUAAAGUCCCAGUGGGGAUUGAGGGUUGACUUCUUUUGAAAGUUUGGAAAUUGAUUGGUGAUUGGGUUUUGAAUUGGGGAGGUUGAGAUUUGUGAGUAGGGUUGAUUGAGGUUUGGUUUGAGCGAUGGAUGAUGCACAGGGUAGUUCAAAUUCUCUGCCCCCUUUCCUGGCAAAGACUUAUGAGAUGGUGGAUGAUCCUUCCACGGAUUCGGUUGUUUCGUGGAGUGUCACUAGCAAGAGUUUCAUUGUAUGGAAUCCCCCAGAAUUUGCCAGGGAUUUGCUGCCUAGAUUCUUUAAGCACAACAACUUCUCAAGUUUCAUCAGGCAGCUGAACACAUAUGGAUUUAAAAAAGUUGACCCAGAACAAUGGGAAUUUGCCAAUGAUGACUUUGUCAGAGGGCAACCUCAUCUUAUGAAGAACAUCCAUAGACGGAAGCCUGUUCAUAGCCAUUCUUUGCAGAAUCUCCAAGCACAAGGCCCACUAGGGGAAUCAGAAAGGCAGAGUUUUACUGAUGAAAUAGAGAAGCUUAAGCAUGAUAAAGAGCAACUUCUCGUGGAAUUACAGAAAUACCAGCAUGAGUGGCAGGCAUAUGAGAUACAAAUACAUUGCUCAAAAGAUCGGUUGGAAAAGUUGGAACAGAAUCAACAAAGGAUGGUUUCUUCUGUUUCUCAUGUAUUGCAGAAACCUGUGAUUUCUGUAAAUAUCUUGCCUCUGACAGAAACCCUGGAUAGAAAACGAAGGUUGCCAAGAAGUGGCCACUUUUAUGAUGAAGAUGGCGUUGAAGAUGCCAUUGAAACUUGCCAAAUGUUACCAAGAGAAAAUGCAGACCAUACCACUGUCUUGACAUUAAAUGUGGAGCGACUGGAUCAGCUUGAAUCAUCCAUGGCGUUUUGGGAGGCUAUUGUACAUGAUAUUGGUGACACCUUCGUUCAAAUUCAGUCAAGUAUGGAUUUGGAUGAAUCUACAAGUUGUGCUGAUAGUCCAUCUUUAUCUUGUGCGCAAUUAGAUGUUGAAGUUCGGCAUAAGUCACCGGGAAUUGACAUGAACUCUGAGCCAACUACAGCUGCUGUUCCUGAGCCUGUUGCAUCAAAAGAACAACCUGCGGGAACCACUGUUGCAGCAACUGGUGUUAAUGAUGUAUUCUGGGAGCAGUUCUUGACAGAGGAUCCUGGUGCAUCAGAAACACGGGAAGUGCAGUCAGAAAGAAAGGAUUAUGAAGGCAGAAAGAAUGAAGGAAAACCCAGCGACCUUAACAAAUUUUGGUGGAACAAACGGAAUGCAAAUAAUCUUCCAGAACAGAUGGGGCAUGUUGGUCAAGCAGAGAAAACUUAGUAGCAAUUGAUUAUUCUUCUUGCUUGUACUGUUCUAUAAUCACAUGUAAUAAAUAUAGGUAUGCACAGUUCUUUUUUAUUUUCUCUACAAUAGAUACAUAUUCCAUAUUUUGAGUGGGAUGAAUGUUGCAUCCUUCAUUGAUUCAUUAGUUAAGUAUGCUGCUCUUUUGUCUAUUUUA